AUGGUUGGGAAAAAGAUAGGGUUUGAUAUAUUCAGCGGUUUACCUGAUGAACUUCACUCUCACAUCUUGUCAUUUCUUCCCAUGAAAACCGCUGCUUCUACAUCACUUCUCUCCAGAAAAUGGCGCUAUCUCUUUGCUUGUAACCCUAAUCUUGUUUUUGAUAACCACAAGGUUUCUACAAGUUUUAUAAAUUUCGUGGAUAGAGUAUUGGCUUUGCAAGGCAAUUCUCCUGUACACAAGUUUUCUUUAAUUAUCAAAGAUGAUGAUCGCGAUAAUCCUGUUGUUCCAAUCCGUAUAUUUACCUGGAUUCUCAAUGUGUUGAGACGUGGUGUCUCGGAUCUUAAUCUGUUUGUGGAUUUGCAAUCGGAAUCUCUGCUUCCUUCAAAGAUUUUCUUAAGCGAGACAUUAGUUAGGCUUAAACUAAAGUCUGGAUAUGGCGCCAACAUUAAACUUGAUGACAACCAAGAUGUAUAUCUUCCAAAGCUUAAGACUCUGUUUCUUCAGGCAGGUUAUGAAAAUCAUGGUAUUGGGCUUGCUAAGCUACUUUCCGGUUGUCACAUGCUUGAGGAACUAGUUAUGUAUGAUAUAUCUUGGUUACUAUGGAAUUUUUCAUCUGUGUCUAUCACAACUCUCAAGAGACUAACAUUUUGCUGGGGCGAGAUUGAUACUAAUGCAAAGAGUGUGUCAAUUGACACUCCCAGCCUUGUCUACUUGAAUUUUACUGAUACAAUCGCCGACGCGUAUCCGAUUGUGAAUCUCUGUUCGCUUGUUGAAGCCCGUAUCUGUCUUCGAAUGUCAUACAAGCAAUAUGGAAAGGCGCACUUUUUGGAUGAGGCUAGCUUUUCAGAUUUACAACAGAUUAAUUACUCCAAGGCUAACAAGAAGGUCGGUAACGCAACAGAUUUCAUCAUGGGAAUACGCAGUGUGCAUAUCCUUUAUCUAUAUGCUGACACUCUUGAGGUACUUACAUGCUGUUGUGAAACAAUACCACUAUUCAACAACUUGACUGAGUUAACUAUCGAGAGUAGCCCUAGAGUAGGGUGGAAACCAUUGAUGGAUCUACUCAACAACUCUCCAAAUCUGGAGACUCUUGUCUUUCAAGGACUCGUCAACAAAGCGACGGACAGUUGGGGUGAUCUGUGUUUCUGCCAACUUUUCGUUGAGGAAGAGGAGAUUUUUAGUUGCCUAUCUUCAAGUACGGUGAAGGUAUUAAAGAUAUUUAGGGUGGGUGAUUACUAUGGUAACAUGGAGAGCCAGAUUGAGCAGAUCAAGUAUUUCUUGGAGACAAUGCCUAAUCUUGAAAAAAUUAUACUGCACCAUACUGCAUGGACUGUAGAAGAUGUGACUCACGUUUCAAGGCAACUUAAGAGGGUAAUAUCAACAGUAGCUUCGUCCAUCUGCAUUGUCCAACUAAUCUCUGAUAACACUCCCCAAGCUUUGGUUGUAGCUUAA